AAAAUAUGUCUGUUUUUCUGAUAUCUUUAUUUAAUUUAUCUAUCCCCAUUCAUGGCCUUUCAGUCAUCAGGAUUUUCAAGUUAUAUUCUUAUUUUUUAUUCAAGUCAUACGCUAUAUUGUCAUUUUACACCAGGAAAGCUUUUUAUUAAUGUUAUGUGUAUUAGUUAUUGAACGUGUAAUAACUUUAAAAUUACCUCAGGGACCUGCAGCUCCUCCUACUGCAACGCAUUGUGGUUUUCCAUACUUAUCAAUCUUGCAGACGCACCCAUUUUCGCAUUGUAUAUUAUCACAUGGGUUAGCGGUUGUUGGUGGUGUAGUAGUUGUGGUUGGAGAAACACAUUCUGGUUGCCCACCGAUAAUUUGACAAACACUACCAUAAUAACAUUUUUUAUUACAUGGUCUAGUUGUAGUUGUUGAUGGAGUAGUGGUAGUUGUGGUUGAUGGAGUAGUAGUUGUGGUGGUUGAUGGAGUAGUUGUAGUGGUUGAUAGUGUAGUUGUAGGUUUUGGAGUAGAGGUAGAAUGUGGUGGUGUAGCAGUAGUGUGUUUUCGAGUAGUGAACAAUUUAGUUGUUGAAUCUACAAUGUCAAAAAUUAAUCUAAAAUUUACGCUGGAACCUACGUCUUGGUU